AAGAAAACUCACAACAUGUCUGGACGUGGUAAAACCGGCGGCAAAGCCAGAGCUAAGGCUAAGACUCGCUCAUCCCGCGCUGGGCUCCAGUUCCCAGUCGGCCGUGUUCACAGGCUUUUGAGAAAAGGAAACUACGCCGAGCGUGUCGGUGCCGGAGCUCCCGUGUACUUGGCCGCAGUGCUCGAGUAUCUGACCGCUGAGAUCCUCGAGCUGGCUGGCAACGCUGCCCGCGACAACAAGAAGACCAGGAUCAUCCCCCGUCACCUGCAGCUGGCUGUCCGCAACGACGAAGAGCUCAACAAGCUGCUCGGCGGAGUUACCAUCGCUCAGGGAGGCGUGCUGCCAAACAUCCAGGCCGUUCUUCUGCCAAAGAAGACCGAGAAACCCGCCAAGAAGUAAAUCACAGGGUUUAACUCCCUUAACAAAUAACGGCUCUUUUAAGAGCCACACACUUUCUUUUAAAGAGUUUUCCUUUAUGUUUAAUCUCAGCAUCCAAAAAGUAGAUAUGGUAAGUUAGUAGUGUUACUGAUGAAACUGUUGUCAGGAAGUAACAGAUUACUCUCAAUGGUUCAGCUUUGUUUUUCAUGUUUAGGAGUGAAUCCAUGUUUAGUAUGCGAUUUUCACCUUUUUAAUGUUAUUAAACUAAGAGCAGUUGCACAAAUAUUUGUUGUCUUAGCUCAACUAUGUUCAGAUUAUCAAACUAAGGCAAAGUGAUAAAGCUCCAUGUGGCUUCAGAGCUGUGAGAUAACAUCUAAUAUUAGUAUUCAGCAGGUAAUUCUAAGCAGCCUACACCUCAAAUAAAUUAUGCCAACAGACAAAUGGAAGCUCAAUUUGCAAAAUAAAAAAAAGACAAGUUUUUACUGGUCCAGAAUUUCCUAAUUCCAAAACCUUUCCUAGAAAGAGCAGUAAUCUGUAAUGAGCUGCUAAGAAUAGAGAAAACAGGUUGGUCCUUGAGUGAAAAUGUAGACAUUUUUCUUUCUUAUCAUUUGAAACCCAGCAGUCUGUCACUGGAAACUUUCUUUUGUGUGUUAUUCCAGUGUUUAACGUGAAUUCAAAGCAACUGAAAGUUUUUAUGCAGUGUGGCUGUAUGUUACAGGUGUAUUGUUCCAUUCUAACAGCAUUCUGUUUGAAUACACAGAAAUAAGUGCAUAUGACAGACAUUUGAAUUUAUUAUAUUUACAGUAAAUGAUAUAUAAACAAUCAGCAGUCUAACAAACAUUAUCUUGAAGUAAAUAUGCAGCACUGUAAAGUAAAUAACAGAAGGGAAAAAAAUCAAUCACUUGCUGCACUUGAUUUAUAGUCCAAUGAAGCCAUUUAAUUUUAAUUACGUUUGGUUUUAUUAGUAAAGUGAUAACAUUGCAAAAACAAGACAAGCUUAUACAAAUGUUAAGCAGAUUUACUGAUAUUAAACACGUGCCAUGGGUUUGAUUAUAGAAGCAAAGAAACAAGCAGGGUCACAUUUUUUUUCUAGUGUUAAAGAUGAAGGACAAAAUUCACAGAUCUCACUCUGUGCAGAAAUCAUAUCUAAGAUGAAUCUAAAGCCCAUUUGAAGUUUCAGAUCACAUACAGCCACCGAAGUCGCAAGUGCCGCAGUCGGCACAAUCCAUUUCGAUGGGGCAGUCACCCAGGCAUUCCAAGAGUUCAGCACAGAGUUCAGCACAGGCUUAAGCAGGAAAAACAAACGGGAAAUUAACAGACACCAAUACUGAGAGAACACACUCAUUUAAGUUACGAAUAAAGAUAUGGGAGAGUUGAUGAGACACAUUUAUUAAUAUGUUUUUGCUGUGACCUGUGACCUUUCUCAGGUUCAGGUAAAAUCAUGACUCUCCC